AAAGUAGCUAAACCCCUGCCCCUCAAAGCCCAAGGGUUUAUACAAUCUUCUAUCAAUGUCUCCAAUUCUGAAGAAUUAAACGAAAUUAAAACACUCCAUUAAUGGCGGCCUCAAAGCUUUCUUCACUAGCUGCUAUAGCUGCUGCAGCUACUUCCUAUUCUUUAUCAUCAUCAUCAUCAUCGUCUAAUCGUGCUUAUGCCGACGGUCCGUUCCGAUUCAAUCCGUUUUCUUCUCCGCCGCCGCCGCCGCCGCCUGAAGCUUCCGAUUCCGAGCCUAAGUCUGAAGUUGAGGUUUCCAAAGGCGGUUUCGAUGCCGAGUCGCUGGAGAGAGGCGCUAAAGCUCUAAGAGAGAUUAAUAGCUCUCCCUAUAAAAAACAGGUGUUUGAAGUGAUGGGGAAACAGGAGCAAUGUCGUCUCGCGGAAUUGGAGGCCGAGAAGAUUCAUCACAAUGCUAUCCAGUCGUAUGCUGAUAUUGAGAGGCAGAGAAAGCUGUCCGAAGAACAGAGGAACUUGGUACAACAACAAUCUCAGAAUAAGGCCCAAAUGUUGCGGUAUGAAGACGAAUUGGCUAGAAAAAGAAUGCAGACAGAUAAUGAAGCUCAAAGACACCAUAAUGCUGAGUUAGUUAGAAUGCAAGAACAGUCUUCUAUACGAAAAGAACAAGCUAGACGAGCAACUGAAGAGCAAAUUCAAGCUCGGCAAAGACAAACUGAGAAAGAGAGAGCUGAAAUAGAACGAGAAACUAUUAGAGUAAAGGCAAUGGCUGAGGCCGAAGGUCGGGCUCAUGAAGCUAAACUGACUGAAGACCAUAAUAGGAGGAUGCUUCUUGAAAAGGUGAACGGCGAAAGAGAAAAGUGGCUUGCUGCAAUCAACACAACUUUUAGUCACAUUGAAGGGGGCUUCAAAGUCUUGCUCAACGAUAGGAGUAAACUGAUCAUGACGGUCGGUGGUGCAACUGCAUUGGCUGCAGGAGUUUAUACAACAAGGGAAGGAGCAAGAGUUACUUGGGGUUAUAUUAAUCGGAUACUUGGCCAGCCAUCACUGAUAAGAGAAUCAUCGAUGACAAAAUUUCCAUGGUCAGGCACGGUAUCCCAAGCAGCACGUAAAGUUUUUAAGAAAACAGCAACGCCUGGCGAAAACCAGUCUAAGUUUGGGAAUAUUAUACUUCACCCUUCACUGCAAAGAAGAAUACAACAUCUUGCUCGAGCUACUGCAAAUACCAAGUCUCACCAGGCACCUUUUCGUAACAUGCUCUUUUACGGGCCUCCUGGUACGGGCAAAACAAUGGUGGCUAGGGAGAUUGCUCAAAAAUCGGGUUUGGAUUAUGCUAUGAUGACAGGAGGAGAUGUUGCUCCACUAGGUGCACAAGCUGUUACGAAGAUCCAUGAGAUAUUUGAUUGGUCUAAAAAGUCGAACAAAGGUUUACUUCUUUUUAUAGACGAGGCUGAUGCAUUCUUGUGCGAGCGUAACAGCAUACAUAUGAGUGAAGCCCAGAGAAGUGCUCUCAAUGCUUUACUUUUCCGAACUGGUGACCAGUCAAGAGACGUGGUCCUUGUACUUGCCACAAAUAGACCAGGUGAUCUUGAUAGUGCAAUCACGGAUCGUAUUGAUGAAGUGAUUGAGUUCCCACUUCCUCAGGAGGAGGAACGCUUCAAACUCUUGAAUCUGUAUUUGAACAAGUACCUAUCCAGUGAAGAUGUCUCAACGUCGAAGUGGGGUCCCAUAUUUAGGAAGCAAUCUAAGAAGAUUACUGUAAAGGAUUUGUCUGAGGAUAUUAUCAGAGAGGCUGCCAGGAAGACAGAAGGGUUCUCUGGUAGGGAAAUAGCAAAAUUAAUGGCCAGCGUGCAAGCGGCUGUAUAUGGCCGCCCUGAUUGUGUAUUGGAUUCAGAGCUGUUUAAGGAGAUAGUGGACUACAAAGUUGCAGAACAUCAACAGAGAAUAGAUCUUGCAGCUGAAGGUGGACUUCCGGUAUAGAGUGAGGAUCUGAAAAAGAGAAGGUUAGAGUAGUUACUGAAAUUGAAAUCUUAGAGAGCUCGUUUUCUUUGUUUUGGUAAAUUAAGAUGUUUAAAAAUUAUAUAAUGUGGUUCAUUUUCUUCAAAAGGCGUAUUACUUUGCGAUAUAAGGGACCUGAUUCCUUCUUCAAAUCAUACUAAACUGGAAUCUCUGCAAGUAGUCAAUUAUGACCUUUUCUUAUUCAUCAACGAAGUGGUAUAUUUUAGUGUA